GGGAUCCUAAUGUUGGGGAAAGUUGGAGCCAGUAUGGUGGAGUCGAAAGGGAUUAUAUGUUCGACUACUUCCAACACAACGGAUGAUUCAGAAGCCCUCCAAUUUUGUCAUUAUAAAGAAGUGUUGAACGAUUACACCACAAACUUCAAGAUGGUGAAUGAAGUGCUUAUUUUUCAAAAGUGCAAGUAUUAGCCGAUUCUUGCAUAAUUUGCAACGGGAGGCAGAAGCCUAAUGAAGGUACAUCUUUCCACCGGAUACACCACAUUCAGUAAAUGUAACCAGAAGCAGCGGUCGAUCGCAAGAUGGGCUUACCUCUUGAGCCAUCACAUGCCAGAAAUUCAAGUUGCUUAGCAAAAAAGAACAAGGGAUGACUUUUGUGAUGUAAUCAAUCAUAAUAAUAUUGACCAAUAAAAUAUUAUCAAUGAACUCAGUUUUUCAUUUCUAAACAAAC